UUAAUUAGCGGUUCUCGUAUGCGUUAACCUAUUCGAUUAUAUGUAUGUAGUGAUUCUGUGCACACCUACCAGGAAACUAAAUUUAAAUAAAUGGCACCGGUUUCUUGGCUUUUUUUUGUGACCUUUGUGGUUGCACCGUGCCUUUCAGCGCCAACUGAACAGGAAGGAACUAGCGAUAAGCAGCUUGUCUGGCAUGAGCAGCAUUGGCAGAGUGGGCCAGUAGCGGUGCCAGUCGCCAAUGGCGGCCGCCGUCCAGUCGUUGUUCCCGUCGUAGUUAACACUCAAACAGGAUGGUACAAUGGCCGCCCCACCAGUGACCACGACGAGGAUGACGACGAUGUGACCACCAACGACUGCUACUGGAAUGGUAGACGCCGAGGUGAUUCCCGCUGCCUGUCCUGGUCCACAUAUGGGCUAAAAUGGUUUUUCGACGACGAUAGCGACUACAGCGAUCGUAAGUUUUUCAAAAUGUUCGGCUGGCCGAGACAUCACAGUCAUGAUAUCCACCAUGAGCGACGUCGAGAUCGUGAUCUUGACGGGAAAGAAAACUACAACCAUCCACACUGGGAUCAUCACGCUAAAGCCGAAAUUGUGCGACGCCGGAAGGAUCACCAUUAGAAACAUCUCGUUGUACAGUAUACAAUGCUCAGUACCUCACGCUGUGGUCGACGAAAUGUUUAUUAUCACAUUUUUUAUGACGAAAUGUUUUACUGACUGUUGUUUUAUGUUUGCAUAACAAAAGCGAAAUCUCUACUAACAUAUCUGUACAAAAUUAAUCUCUAUGGCACUUUUAAGCAUAAAUGAUGCAAGCUGAGUUCUCUUGCACAGAGCAACCACAAAAUAAAGAAGCUGUA